CGAGGGGUGUUGGUAGUGGGGGUCUGACACCCCUCACGUCCUCCCUCACGGCUACCCGCCCCCUCCCUACGGGGUGCACCACCAAGCGGCUAACGGUGACCGUCGGACGACCCCGGUCCGGCCCAACCGCCUCCCCCUAGGGCGCCGCAGCUUCCACGGGUCACUGAGGGUCAGCGAGCCGGACGCCGCCGAGGUACUCUCCAGCCCUGGAGAGUACAUCAACAUCGAGUUUGGGGGCCGCUACGGACCCCCAACGGCCUGCCCCCUCUCUGCCCAGGAUGGCUCACCCUCGGUGGGCUCUGCUGAGCAGCGCCACUCCCCUCCCCACCCCUAUCCUCAGAACCAGGACUAUAUGAGUGUAGAGGUGGGGGUUGGAGGUGGGGGUGAUGAUGGAGGACGCCUGGCUAAGAACAAGUCUCCCAGACCCUCACUGGUGGCUCCCUGGAACCCACCCAGCUACAUCCGACCUCUUGCCACUGGGGCCUCCGUGAGUGGGGCCCCUGGUUCUUCUGGAGCUCGAUGGCGGACGGGGACAGAUGACUACACAGAUAUGACCUUUAACCUCAGCAGUGGUGAGGAGUCGCGGGGGUUACGGAGUAGUCCCACGGCCAUGCUGCAGCACCUGUGUUUGAUGGAGAGCUGCUACCCCCCCACCUUAACCCCCACCUCUGCCUCCCCUCCCUCCUCCAGCCCCCAGCUUGAGCCCAUCAAGGUGGUACGUGCGGACCCCCAGGGGCGACGCCGACACAGCUCUGAAACGUUUUCCUCAUCCUCCACCUCCGGAGGAGUCGGAGCCACAAGCUCCAGCACCAACCCCAACCCCUCCUUGGGCUCAGCCAACCCAUCGGCCCUCAACGUAGCUCAUCUGGCCGAGAGCUCCAAGUGGACCGGCUCUGGCUCCUUUGACAGUGUGUGGAUGUGUGUUGAGGGGGUAGGGGGGGACUCGGCUGGUCUCCCUGCCCGUCCAGGGCCUUCUGAUCUGGGCAUUGCCUCUUCUGUGUGUCCUCCUGGGGGUCGGAUGUGCAGGAACAUGUCUGUGGGGUAUCAGAACGGACUCAACUACAUCGCCCUGGAGCUGAGAGAGGACCGGGACUCUAACCCUCUACCCGUACCCCAGCAGCAGCAGGGAGGCACCGGGCAUGGUACCGGGGUGACCCCCAACGCCCCCCAAGCCAGUAACCUGACUGUGCCAGUAGCAGAGGACAACGGAGCCUAUGGCAGUAUAGACUUCAUCAAGUCAGACAGGAUGACUGCCACGUCCAAGGGUAGGGUUCAGGGAGAAACAGAUGUGAUAGAAAGAGGAAAGCGAGAAGGGUGAGACAGAUGGGAAUUGGAGAGGAUAGAGAGACCGACAGGACAGUGGCAAAGCUAACUGAAAAGUUUUCUUGUGUUGUACCACAGACAGUAGCUAUCGGCUUACAGGCUAAUCAGAGGUACUUAUACUGUAAGCUGAUUUUAAAACCUGACCAUUAACCUCAUAUCUAACCCAGACCUGACCAUUAACCUCAUAUCUAACCCAGACCUGACCAUUAACCUCAUAUCUAACCCAGACCUGACCAUUAACCUCAUACCUAACCCAGACCUGACCAGGAACCUCAUACCUAACCCAGACCAUUAACCUCAUACCUAACCUCAUACCUGACCAUUAACCUCAUACCUAACCCAGACCUGACCAUUAACCUCAUACCUAACCCAGACCUGACCAUUAACCUCAUACCUAACCCAGACCUGACCAUUAACCUCAUACCUAACCAAGACCUGACCAUUAACCUCAUACCUAACCCAGGCCUGACCAUUAACCUCAUACCUAACCCAGGCCUGGCCAUUAACCUCAUACCUAACCCAGGCCUGGCCAUUAACCUCAUACCUAACCCAGACCUGACCAUUAACCUCAUACCUGACCAUUAACCUCAUACCUAACCCAGACCUGACCAUUAACCUCACACUUAACCCAGACCUGACCAUUAACCUCACACCCAACCCAGACCUGACCAUUAACCUCACACCCAACCCAGACCUGACCAUUAACCUCACACCCAACCCAGACCUGACCAUUAACCUCACACCCAACCCAGACCUGACCAUUAACCUCACACCCAACCCAGACCUGACCAUUAACCUCACACCCAACCCAGACCUGACCAUUAACCUCGUACCUAACCCAGACCUGACCAGGAACCAAACGGGCCGAAAGGGGGAGGGACCUACCUGAAUUUGUCCGAUGUAAAAAAUAAAUAAUAAUACUGGUAGUUUCUUUUGUAAAAUGUUUGGCUACGGCGUGCACUAAUGAAUACAACUCAGUGUAACCCAGUUAGGCCUAACCAAACUAAAAUAAACUGGCUACACUGCCUAUGAUGAUGAAAAGGACUGGACAUUCACUAGCUAGCUUGGCAGCUUACUUAGUAACAGCACAAAACCAUAGGGGUUUCUAAUUGUUAUCUGCGUUCUGAAGAGGGCUUGAACGGUCAUGUGAUGUUCACUCUCAUUCCUUACUGUAGGUUAACUGUCUUCUAUUCUGUCAUAUCAAACGUUUCACAUGAGCCAAUGAGGUGUUUAGUUUUGACAGUGU